UGCACAUUCAAAACAGACACAUCGAAAUGCUAAUGUUUAUUGCGCUGACGAGGCUCAUCGUUAGUGGCUAUGCAGCCAUGGCAGAACAACACGUAUAUCCUCGCAUAUUGUACGAGCGCUCGACAUCAGGUAACUUGGUUCUUAAGCUCAAUGAGAAGAUAACGCUCAAUCUAGAAAAAAGCACAGUCCUCGCUGACAACCUCCUUUUUGUUACAACCAACAAGGACCUUGAGAAUGUAGAAAUGAUAGACACGUCUCAUAUCCAACGGACUCUAUUUUAUGACACACAUUACCAGUCAUCUCUGAUUGUACGGCAGAGAGACGACAACGUUGAAGUCGAAGGAAUAAUCAAUGACAAUCUACGAAUUAAACCUCUGCCAGAAGGUCAACGUUCAACGGAUGGUCAGAUGCUACACACGAUAUUCGAAGUACCAACAAUCAAAGAAAACUUCACCGAAACUAGAAAGCACUUUCUCCGCCUGGAAAGAAGCAAGCGGAAUGACAUCAAAGGCCAUCGAGAAGACUUGAGCUUUCUGCAAGCACGGGCUUCAAGAGUUGACAAGUUUCCCGUGGAGCUUCACAUUGUUUCCGACAAAGAACACCAGCGGUCGUACAGGAAGAAUGAAGAAUUAAUCUCAUAUCUUGCAGUCAUGAUGAAUGCGGUAUGCUUGCGGUAUUUGGACAUGAUGAACCCAAAGAUAACAUUCCUCCUUGUUGGCGUGACAAGGGCUAAAGACCACGACUUUGGUCGAAAUAACGGGGGUGAAAUUGAUGCUGCAGAGAUGCUGCGUGGACUAGGACAAUACCGGAAUCAAGGAAGGAUACCAGGAAAUUUCGACGUGGUGUUCCUUUUGACAGCGCUUGAUAUGAUCAGAUUUUCCAAAGGUAAAAAGAUUAAAGGAAUUGCAGGACGUGCGAAAAUGAGCACUGUCUGUACAGAAAGAGGAUUGGGGGAAGGUGAAGAUACACCUCACGCCUACAGCGGUGUAAAUACCUUUGCGCAUGAGCUUGCCCAUACGCUCGGGUCAGAUCAUGAUGAAACCCCCCAGUGUCCUUGGGAAGAUGGCUACCUAAUGAGUUACGUAGAUGGAGGAUUGAGAAAGUACAAGCUCUCCCAAUGUAGCCAGAACAGCAUUAGGCAGUAUGUCGGGAGACUGUCAGACAAAUGCAUUAGUGUUCUGAGCAGGCAGAACUAUAUGAAGGGACGCAAUAAAUAUCCUGGCCAGACUAUUCGUAAGAACUACUACUGCAGAAGACUUAUACAAAAAAGAGCGAAAGGACAAAAAGUCAUCGUGCAAAAGGCUGCCGACUGCGAUAUCAAAUGUUGCCGAAUGGGCGAUGGUUAUAUGAGUUGCGCGACUUACAAAAUGCUGGAUGGUAUGACAUGUGCGCAAGGCAAGACUUGCAGAAGGGGAGUUUGUGGAUAUCAUUGAUUGCUGUAAGAAUAAAGAGACAUCAAUAUUCAAGUGAAAAGUGCUGCUAUGAAAGACAAAGAUAUUAAAAUAAAUUCAUGAAGGUCUCCUUUCGGAGGGUCUAACUGC